UAAUGGUGGCAAUGGCAUGUAGUGAAGAGUGAAGAGUGAAGCAACCCGAUUUCUCUCUCUACUCUCUAUUCUGAGUGUAACCCACUUUAUCUAUCUCACUCUCACCACCCAAUCUCAAAACCCAAUCCCAUUUGAACCUCUCUUUGGAGUGAAACCCUCAAUCUCAUCACAAUCACAAUGGCAUGCUCAGCCACCUCUGCAACCCUCUUCUCCUCCUUAAACCCUAAGCCUCUCUUCUCUCCCAACGCCUCUCUCUCCCUCCCCAAUUCCCUCCGCCUCAACCCCCUCUCUCUCCCCACGCGCCCUUCGCUCUCCCUCACGCGCCCCUCCCACACUCGCCGCUCCUUCCUCGUCAAAGCCUCCUCCAGUGAGCUUCCGCUUGUUGGAAAUACUGCACCGGAUUUUGAAGCCGAGGCUGUGUUUGAUCAGGAGUUUAUCAAUGUGAAACUCUCUGAUUACAUUGGGAAGAAGUAUGUUGUGCUCUUCUUCUACCCGUUGGAUUUCACCUUUGUUUGUCCCACAGAAAUCACUGCCUUUAGUGACCGGCAUGCAGAGUUCGAGGCACUGAAUACUGAGAUAUUGGGUGUUUCAGUUGACAGUGUGUUCUCGCACCUUGCAUGGAUCCAAACAGAUAGAAAGUCAGGUGGCCUUGGUGACUUGAAGUAUCCUUUGAUUUCUGAUGUCACCAAAUCCAUUUCAAAAUCUUAUGGUGUUCUCAUUCCUGAUCAGGGCAUUGCAUUGAGAGGAUUGUUCAUCAUUGACAAGGAAGGAGUCAUUCAGCAUUCUACCAUUAACAACUUGGCAAUUGGUAGAAGUGUUGAUGAGACAAAGAGAACUCUCCAGGCCUUACAGUAUGUGCAGGAGAACCCAGAUGAGGUUUGCCCUGCUGGGUGGAAGCCUGGGGAGAAGUCCAUGAAACCAGACCCUAAACUCAGCAAAGACUACUUCGCAGCGGUGUAGCUAGGAUAAUAGUUGAGAGAGUGGUCAUCUGCAUCUGUAUCAAUCAGUGGGUCAAUGUUUUGUAAUUCCUUAAAUUUUUGAGCCGCAGGUAUGGUAAUACUAAUAAAUUCAUGCUGGUGUAAUGGAUUUUGAAGUGUACUAUGUAUUAUUUUGCAAUUUCUGUUGAUUAUGAUCUCUCUAUUUCGUGUUCAUAUAUGAACAUAUCUUUUGCCAA